AUCCCCAGCAAUCAUCGAGCAAUGUCAGAAAACAAUCAAAGAGAGAGCGUUUUUCCCACUAGAAUGGCGCUUACAAACACCAAAAGCAGGCUGAAAGGUGCACAGACUGGCCACUCGUUGCUCGCCAAGAAGAGAGAUGCACUCAUGAUUCGUUUCAGAGCCAUCCUCAAGAAAAUCGAAGAGGCGAAACUGAAGACAGGGAAGGUUAUGCAAGUGGCGGCAUUCUCACUCGCAGAAGUUAAUUAUGUGGCUGGCGAUAUCUCUUAUCAAGUACAGGAAAGUGCAAAGAGACCACAAUUAAAGGUUAAAUCAAAACAAGAGAACGUAUCAGGUGUUACAUUACCAGGUUUCGAAAUUGAACGCGAGAAUUCUAAUGAGUUUUCACUCACUGGUUUAGGUAGAGGUGGUCAGAAGGUACAAAAGUGCAAGGAAAUAUACGCGAAAGCUAUUGAAACAUUGGUAGAAUUGGCUUCAUUACAGACAGCUUUCAUGAUCCUUGACGAUGUAAUUAGAAUCACAAAUAGGCGUGUCAAUGCGAUUGAACACGUUGUACUUCCACGCCUUGAAAAUACUAUUAAAUAUAUAAAUUCAGAGUUAGAUGAAAUGGAUAGGGAGGAGUUCUUUAGGUUAAAGAAGAUACAAUCAAAGAAGAAGAGAGAUGAAAGUCAGGAUACCAACGAAGAAGAAGAAUACACCCAGGAUCAAGCAGGUGGAGCUGACAUACUCGAUCAAGGAAAAGAUGAAGAUGUCAUUUUCUAGUAUUGUAAUUCUCAAUUGAUAACACCCAUGGACGAUUUCAUAUACGUCG